AUGGCAUUAACAAAACAACAACAAGAAAAAAAACAAGGAGAUGCAAGAAUUUAUUUGGUGUCAUGUGUACUAUUUUCUUGUAUAGUAGCUGGUGGUGUCUUUCUUGCGUUGUACAUACAUCUUCCUGAAUCAGAAUCUUCUGCAUGGUAUCCUGCUGCUGGGAUGAUUUUAGUUGGUAUCCCUUGGAUUUUUUGGCUUUUUACCUUAAUUUAUUCUUGUUUAAAGAAACUUGUAUUAGGAUCCAUAAAUUCCGACAAAAACAACAACAACAAUAACAAUAACAAGGUUGCACCAGUAGUUUCAAAUGGUAAUGGGGGAAGAACAAGUGGUGCAUCAACAUCUACGAGAUCAUCGACGAAGUCUAAUCCCGGGGCCGAUAAUGGUGGUGUUGGACAUGUUCGAUUUGGUGGUGCAACCGUAGUUGGUGAUGAAGAGGACGAUAAUAAUGAUGAUGGGGUUGAAUCACUUGAUGAUGACGAUCGGGAUUCAGAUUUAGAUCGCGAAGGUGAUGGUGGAUUAUCGUCACGUAUUGGCCCAACAAGGUCCUCGUCUAGUAAUGGUGAAGGAGCUUCUUUAUUUGUUGGUUCUCAUGAAUCUGAAUUGCCAUUAGCAUUCUCUAUGUGA